AUGUACGGCGAUCGAACUCCAAUGCAGAUAUUGGAGAGCAUGUUGCAAGAAGAAAGGUACAUUUAUUUCACCAGAGUGAAUCCCUCCACAAACGCGGUCGAGGAGGUUUUUUUCGUUCAUCCGGACUCGUACAACAUGUGGCGUGCAUUCCCACAUGUGUUGAUGAUUGAUGCUACCUACAAGACGAAUGAGUAUAAGCUUCCGUUUAUUCAAGUUGUGGGUGUGACAUCGACACACAAGUCUUUUUGUGUGGCUCAUGCGUUUGUCUCUAAAGAAAAAAAAUAUAACUUCUUAUGGGUCCUGGAGAAGCUCAAAGAAUUGUUAGUAGAUUGCAUGGAGCCACGUGUAAUUGUAACAGAUAGGGAUCAAGCUUUGAUGAAUGCUUGCGAUAAACGGCUUUUCACGCGACUGGUUAAUGACGGACGAUCAGAUGUUCUGGAUUAUUUGUAUGAUGUGUGGCUGAAAGAUUAUAAAGAAAAGUUUGUUUCAGCUUGGACUAACACAGUCCCCAAUUUUGGUCAACAUAUAACCAACAGAGUUGAAAGCCAGCAUUCUAAGAUUAAGAGAUACAUUAAAGGGCCAAACAACUCGCUCCAUAGUUUUGAGGAGAGCAGGUCCGUGCAAAUGGGGGACCACAGAUUUCCAUUUUUUGACAACCUACGCGGUAAUGUUUCCCAAAAAGCCUUAGAGUUAUUGGUUGUCGAGAGGAAGAAGCUAAAUGCGUUGAGGGCAGGAGGGGGGACUUGUGGCCACCAGCUUUCUACGGGUUGUGGGUUGCCAUGUGCUUGUCAGAUGGAGUGGUGGGAAAAUACAGGUUGCAAAAUUCCACUUACCGCGAUAGAUAAAUUCUGGACAAAACUUGAUUUUUCGACAGAAGAACUUAAUCAAGACGAGUGUAAUAUUUAG